AACGCUAAGAUAAAAAAAAGUUGAUCAAUGGAACAAUUUAAUUUUUUAUAUCCCCGCUCCAAGUCGAUUUGUACAAUUUGUGGUAUAAUAUUAAAUCACUAUGUCUAUGAUCACAGCAACAGCUUGGGUCCCUCGUGGCUUCGCAGCUCCUUUCCCAACAAAAUACAACUUUGACGAAGAAGAAUUUCAGCGAAUUGCUGAUCUCGCGAAGUUGCAAUUGGAUGAUGCGAACGAGGAUUUGAAGGAAGCGCAAAACACAGCAGAAAUUGGCGCAGAUCCAGAUCCUAUGGUAGAUGAUGAAGGCUCAGAUGACGAAGCCGUUUCGAAAGGGGUGAAGUCAAAAGCGUUCGUUUGGUCCUCUCUAUAUACUGGAUUCCGCUGACUUUGACGUAGUGAGGAAGAUGAUGAUUUAAAAGAAUACGACUUGGAUCAUUACGAUGAUGAUGUGGAAGAAGACAAGGAAGGUGGUGAGGGGAUGGGUAUGUUUGGAAAUGUGAAAUCACUUGCAUACCACGAAUCGAAUGAAGAGGAUCCAUAUAUUACGAUGGCAGGGAAUGCGGAGGAUGAAGAUGAGGACAGGGAAGAACUUCAAAUAUUGGCAACAGACAAUAUGCUACUGGCGGCAAAGAUAGAGGAUGAGGUUGCACAUCUUGAGGUAUAUGUUUACGAAGAUGAAGCUGAUAACCUCUACGUACAUCACGAUAUAAUGUUACCGGCAAUACCAUUAUGUCUGGAAUGGCUCGACUUGCCUGUCGGAAAACCUAGUGUUGAUAAGGACUCGAGGGCGAAUUUCGUCGCCGUGGGAACGUUCGAUCCGGAUAUUGAGAUUUGGGAUUUAGAUACAGUCGAUUGCAUGUACCCUAAUGCUAUUCUAGGGCAAGGUGGACAAAACAAAGGUGGAGAUGAAGGAGCCAAGAAGAAGAAGAAGAACAAGAAGUCGAAAAAGGCCAAUGACGAAUUUCACGUAGAUGCAGUUCUCUCAUUAGCUGCCAACAAACAUCACCGAAACCUACUGGCCUCUUCAUCGGCAGAUAAGACAGUUAAACUUUGGGAUUUACACACUACCACAUGUGCGAAGUCGUACACACAUCACACGGACAAAGUAUGCUCGUUAGCCUGGCAUCCAAGGGAAUCUACGGUUCUGCUGAGUGGUAGUUAUGAUAGAACGGUGGUAGCUGCAGAUAUGAGAGCUCCAGAUGCGAAAGCACCCAGAUGGGGAGUGGAAAGUGACGUCGAAAAUGUCCGAUGGGACCCUCACGACCCAAAUUACUUCUAUGUCUCAACUGAAAGUGGUGUCAUUCACUUCCACGAUAUCCGAAAAGCACCAGCAAACCCCAGUGCCACUAAACCAGUAUGGAUGCUACAAGCACAUGACGAUUCUGUCUCCGCCUUCGAUAUAAACCCUACUAUUCCUGGAUUUUUGGCUACCGGGUCAGGAGAUAAGCAAGUUAAGCUCUGGAACAUACAGCCCACCGGACCUACAAUGGUAGUAUCACGAGACUUGGAUGUUGGAAAGGUUUUCUCAACAACCUUUGCGCCAGACGAAGAAGUUAGCUUCAGACUUGCUGUAGCAGGCAGUAAGGGACUUGUACAAGUUUGGGACUGCAGUACCAACCCCGGUGUGCGACGUGCAUUUGCGGAUAGGGUGGCACCUGCCGAAGGAGAAAUAAAGGAAAGGUUAGUGGGGGUGCAAAAUGAUAGCGAGUCGGAAGAUGAUGAUGAAGAGCUUGAAGAAGGCGAUGGAGGUGAAGUUGAGUCCAUGGACGAGGAUGAUUAAAUAAGCACAUGUCUAUCUAUAAAGACCACGCGAAAUUUACACAACAAAUCAAAAUAAUUUAUUUCGGCAAUCUUUUCACUCGCAAUUCUAUUUCAAACGGUAAAUGUAGAUCCCUCCCCAUAGUCCAUCCGAAGUUUCACACGGAGAUUUUGUUUGAAGAUCAAACCUCGCCGGAAUGACUAAGGAUGGACAUAAGCGAA